AUGACAGAUCACUUACUACCAUCUCUCGAACAAAUUCAAUUGGUUCUCCUCAACACUUUCAAUCCGAACCGAAAUCAUCAAUUAGAAGCAGAAAAAUUCCUCAAUGAUUGGAAGCACGUCAAGGGAUUCCCAAGUUCCAUCUUCCAAUUAAUUUUACAAUCACAACAAGACUCCUCCUCACAACAAUCUCUAUACAUUCAACAGGCUGGAGUUAUCUUUUUGAAGAAUCUUGUUGUGAAACAUUAUGAUACAUCUCGGAGAAGUUUAAUUGAUGAAUUUGAUGAUGAUGAUGACACGACUCAUGUAGAUUCAAACUCUCUUCCUCCCAUUCCUGAAAUGCAUCCCGAAGACAAACAAUUUUUGAGAGAAAACAUUUUACGAGCCAUGAUUCACUCUCCACACAUUGUUCAGAAUCAAUUGUGUCUCAUUUAUCAAGUCAUUGUCUAUUCGGAUUAUCCUGUGAAUUGGAUAAAUCUCGUGGAUGAGAUUAUUAACAUGCUGAGGUCGAAUGGAGCGAAUUGUGUCUAUGCGGCGCUAUUGGCAUUGCAUGGAUUAUUGAAACGAUACAAGAAUGCUCCUGGAGAACAUUAUCGAAUUGCUGUGAAUGACAUUGUGGAAAGAACUUUUGAUAUUAUCACUGGAUUAUUCCAAUAUUUGUUGAGUCAAAAUACGGAUGAAUUUGCAACCAUGAGAACAUUGAUUACAAAAAUUGUUUGGUGUUCAUUUUCUCUUGGAACUCCUCAAUACUAUUAUUUGGAAGUGAAGGAAGGAAAAUUUGAUCGAUUUAACAAAUUGUUGGAAAUGUUUUUGGAAUGUUACAAAAUUGAAGUUCCACCACACAACAUUGAAAAUGUUGACAAUCCACAUUGGAAGGUUAAGAAAUGGGUUGGUCAUUUUGCGUAUCGACUUCUCAUUACAUCUUCUACACUCGAAACAAGGGAAGUUUCUCAAGAAGAAAUUGUUAUUGCUCAAUACUUUGUUUCACAGUGGUCUGUGAAAUUCUUGGAAUUGUUCUUGCAAUUGAUUCAAUUCAAUCUUAAGGGAGCUUUUGUGCCAUAUCGUAUUGUGACUCUUUCAUUUAGAUAUUUAGAUGCUUGUGUGGCAAAUCCUGAUGUUUACAAGCAUGCAGUUGCACCAAGACUACAAUCAUUGAUUGUUGAUUAUAUUUUCCCUUAUUUGACUUUUACUUCACAAGAUGCAGAAUUGUGGGAAUAUGAUCCUCAAGAGUGGCUUCGAAUUGGUUAUGACUUGGUUGAAGAUUUGUGGAAUACCAGAAUGAAUGCAAUGGGUACUUUGUCAAGUUUGUUAAAAGUCCGCCGAAAAGACGCAUUUCCCAUCUAUCUUCAAUAUGUGACACAAGUGUUGACCAGCUACGCCGAUAACACCAAUGUCAAUCCACAACUCAAAGAUGGUAUUUUGUAUUCCAUUGGUAACAUGAAACAACUCUUCUUGAAAAAUAACAUGACCAAAGAUAAGCUUGAAGAACUCCUCCUCAUGUUUGUCUUCCCAGAAUUCAAGAAUGAGAAAUGCCCAUAUUUAAGAGCAAGAGCUUGUUGGAUGCUUGGAUGUUUUGCAGAUGCACCUUUCAAAAAUCCAGAAACUCCUGUUCAAGGAAUGCAACUCAUUCUUGAUUGUCUUAAAGACAAGCAAAUUCCAGUUCGAGUUCAAGCAGGUUUAGGAUUGAGUUGGCUUUUGCGUUUGGAAUCUGCUACCCAAUAUGUGAGACCAAUUCUUCCACAAUUAUUAGAUGUCUAUAUGAAUAUUAUGAGUGAAAUGGAACACUCCACUGUGGUACAAAGUAUUGAACUGCUUGUUGAUGCAUUUGCUGAAGAAAUGGAACCUUAUGCUGUGAAUAUUUGUGGUCGAAUGGCUGCUGCUUUUAUUCGACUUUUUGAAGAAGAUGACAAUGAUUUGGAUAAUGCUGAAGAAGAUAUUCUCAUGGAUAAUUGUAUUCACACCAUCAUGACAUUGUUGGAAUCUUUUAGAAACAAGCCAAGAGUUUAUAGACAAUUAGAGCCAGUGUUAUUGCCACUCAUUGUCAAGAUUUUGGAAUCUCCUGAUGAAGGUUAUGACUUUGUAGAACCUGCUAUGGACAUGUUGGUCUAUGUCACUUAUCAUUGUGAUGGAUCUAUUUCAGAAAAUUGUUGGAAUUUGUUACCAACGAUUUACAAUGCAUUUAGUGGAUGGGCUUAUGAUUUUAUUGGAUAUCUUGUUGCUCCAUUGGAUAAUUAUAUUUCAAUGGAUACUCAAAAGUUUUUAUCAAAUCCAGAUCAUGUCACAAUGGUCUAUCAUUUGUGUGCUAAACAUCUGGCCAAAGGUGCGGAGACUGUUGAAAAAGAAGCACAAGGAGCUUGCAAGAUUCUGUCAUGCAUGCUUCAACAUUGCAGAGGAGCUAUUGAUAAUGAAAUUCCAAAAUAUUUAGAAAUGGUCAUGUGUCAAAUUGAUUUGGCAGAGACACCUGCAUUUAUUGUUUUAUUGUUGGAAGUGUUUGCUGAUGCUAUUAUUUAUAAUAUGGAACUUGCACUCAGUUAUGUGGAAUCCAAGCAAUUUACUUUGAAAUUAUUUACCAAAUGGUUCCAAAAUUUACCUAAUUUCAAACGGAUUUAUGAUAAGAAGGUUGCAGUUCUUGCAUUUUCAAAUAUCAUUGGAUAUGCCAAUUUUGCUAAUUUACCAAAACCACUCCAAGAUAAUAUUUCACACAUUGUGAGUGCUUGUGUCAAGCUACUUUUGGAAAUUAAUGAAUUGAAACAAAAAGUUGGAGAACAAAAUCAAAACGGUGCAGAGGAAAAUGCUUAUUAUGAUGAUUAUGACUCUGAAGAAGAUGAAUAUAAUGAUGGAAAUGGUCAAACAUCCAAACAAUUGAGUCUCUCUGUAGAUGCAUUGAAACAAGAUACUAAUUUAAAGAGAAUUGUAGAAGCUCUUACAAACUCGGCCUAUGAUGCUCAAGCCGAUGAUGAAAUUGAUGAAAUGGAAGUCUUUGAUUCUCCUAUUGACAAGUAUGACGAAAAAGUUUAUUUUGGAAAGGCCAUGAUUGUCUUCUCAUCAAAUUCUGCCUCUCUGUUCCAGAAAGUCAUUUCGCAAUCGAGCGAAGAAGAUAAGAAUGCAUUACAACAACUCAUGAACCAUGCAGCUCAGCAAUCAAUGUAA